ACCGCGCCAGGUGAGCUGCUCCCUGCGGCGCCAGGCUGGCGGGAGCGGGAUGGAGCCGGGGGCGCAGGUGUCUGAGUGGAGCUCCUCUGAGGACGAGGACCCGCCUUCCGUGUGGAGACCCUCGGGGGCCGCCCCGAAGCACAGCACCCCCGCGGAGGGCUUCCCUCGCCGCCGGAGCAGGAGCCCGCGGGGCCCCAGGCCCUACCGCCCGGGUGGGGGCCCUGGGGAUGGGUCCCCGCGGCCGGGGCGUGCCUCCCGGGACCUGCCGUCCCCCGUCCUCCGGAAGCAGCGGCUUUCUACCAUCUGGGCCUCCGAGGAGUCCAGUGUGCAGCCGGGGCCUGACCCCAGCCCCCCGGCGCCUGGCGGGGAGCCGCCUGCACCCACCGAGGCCACUCGCCCGCUGCGGCCACAGCCCCAGCAGAAGGCGGAGCCGGGAGAGUCCCCAGGGGGCUGGACCAGGAGCCAGGGGCUGCCCGGGAUCUCCUCCACCAGCAGGCCGAGGCGCCGGGACCUGAAGAAGCUGGCGGCUGUGACGGAGCGCGUGCGGCAGUGGGAGGCCCGUCAGCUGCAGAGCAUCGAGGAGGCCACGCAGCACGACCUCACGGUGCAGGACGAGUGAGCUGCCCGCCCGGCUCCCGUCCGCCUGUCCGCCGGUCCUCUGUCUGUCCGCCCUGCACCCCCUCCGCCCGGCUCCCGUCCGCCUGUCCUCUCCUCUGUCCGCCCUGCACCCCCUCCGCCCGGCUCCCGUCCGCCUGUCCUCUCCUCUGUCCGCCCUGCACCCCCUCCGCCCGGCUCCCGUCCGCCUGUCCGCCAGUCCUCUGUCUGUCCGCCCUGCAACCCCUCCGCCCGGCUCCCGUCCGCCUGUCCUCUCCUCUGUCCGCCCUGCAUCCCCUCCGCCCGGCUCCCGUCCGCCUGUCCUCUCCUCUGUCCGCCCUGCACCCCCUCUGCCCGGCUCCCGUCCGCCUGUCCUCUCCUCUGUCCGCCCUGCAUCCCCUCCGCCCGGCUCCCGUCCGCCUGUCCUCUCCUCUAUCCGCCCUGCACCCCCUCCGCCCAGCUCCUGUCCGCCGGUCCUCUGUCUGUCCGC